AGAUAAAUAUACAUGAAUAUAUCGAACCGUGCAAUUGUUUGUGUUGUCUCGGAUCAAAGUCCGAAGAUUUGAUUUAUAAUAAUUCCAUAAGUCGAACGUCAACAGUACGAAAAACAAUGGCAAUGCAAUGCUUGAGAUUAUUUGCAAAUAAUGUGCCUAAAAGUGCAUGCACUAUCAAUGUCAAUCGACACAUUACCUCGUAUUCUAUGCUGCCAGAUACACAUAAAAUGUUAUAUCAAACAUGCAGAGAUUUCGCCGAGGAGGAAUUAAAACCUAUCGCAGCAGAGACUGAUAAAAAACAUCUUUUUCCAAAGGAGCAGAUCAAGAAGAUGGGCGAGCUGGGUCUCAUGGGUUUAUGCAUCCCUGAAGCAUUAGAUGGAACAGGACUAGAUUACCUGGCCUAUAGUAUAGCUAUGGAAGAAAUCUCAAGAGGUUGUGCAAGUGCUGGAGUUAUAAUGAGUGUACAAAAUUCCCUCUACUUAGGCCCUAUAGACGCAUUCGGGACUGAUAAGCAGAAAGAAAAAUACAUCGUUCCCUAUAUAAGUGGUGAGAAAAUUGGCUGUUUUGCUCUCAGUGAACCAGGUAAUGGAUCUGAUGCUGGUGCGGCGUCUACUACUGCCAAAGCGGACGGCAGCAUCUAUACAAUUAACGGCACCAAGUCGUGGAUAACAAAUGCGUUCGAAGCCAGUGCGAUAAUUCUCUUUGCGACGACUGACAAGUCCAAGAAGCACAAAGGUAUAAGCGCUAUCGUAAUGGACAGUCCGACAGCAGGCCUGAGUCUGGGUAAGAAAGAGGACAAAUUAGGUAUACGAGGUAGCAGCACUUGUUCCUUAAUCUUCGAGGACUGUCAAGUGCCACAAGAUAACAUUUUAGGCAAACCAGGAAUGGGCUUUAAAAUCGCAAUGAUGACUCUAGAUGCCGGCAGAAUAGGAAUCGCUGCACAAGCGUUGGGUAUAGCUCAAGCAUCUUUGGAUUGCGCGAUGGAUUACGCAUCCAAACGCCAAGCCUUUGGUCAGUCGAUCAUCAAGCUGCAAGCGAUUCAACAAAAAAUCGCUGAUAUGGCUCUAAAAUUGGAAAGUUCAAGACUGUUGACGUGGCGAGCGGCUCAGCUUAAGGAUAAUGGUAAACCAUACACAAAGGAAGCCGCUAUGGCCAAAUUGUCAGCAUCGGAAACCGCCACAUUCUGCGCUCAUCAGUGUUUACAGAUUCUGGGAGGGAUGGGAUACGUAUCGGAUAUGCCGGCGGAACGUCAUUACAGGGACGCGCGUAUCACGGAAAUCUAUGAAGGCACAUCGGAGAUCCAGAGACUUGUGAUCGCCGCAAAUCUCAUCAAAGAGUAUGGCCUCAAUUGAGAUCGCACGACUCACUCACAUCCUAUCACUAGGUGAGAAUGCUGCUGCAAGUCCAACCCAUUAAAAGACUACUUUACUCUCAUUUCAUUCUAAGAAUCAAUUCAGUGAAAAUAAAUGUAAUCAUUUCCAAAAUAAACUUUAAAAUAUCUCAUAUAUCGAA